GGCGGGACGCCGAGCCGGAGCGCGGCCCCGACCCGGCGGGAGCCGGAGCAGCGCUGGCGUGGAUGCUGCCAUCGCCUGGUCUUUGGAGACUCGGUUGCUUUUUAAUGGCAGCAGCGGCUGUUGGGUGAGCAACUGGAGACUAAGAGUUUGUUUUGACGGAAGGGUCGCUUUUGCUUGGCGCCAUCACUGCUGGAUUGGUCCUUCCUGGCCCUUCCACUGUUGAAGGGAGAAGAUGCCACUGCCAUUUGGAUUGAAAUUGAAACGCACCCGACGCUACACUGUGUCCAGCAAGAGCUGCCUGGUUGCCCGGAUCCAGCUGCUCAAUAAUGAGUUUGUGGAGUUCACUCUGUCUGUGGAGAGCACUGGCCAGGAGAGCCUAGAAGCUGUGGCCCAGCGCCUGGAGCUGAGAGAGGUCACAUACUUCAGCCUCUGGUAUUACAACAAGCAGAAUCAACGGCGCUGGGUGGAUUUGGAGAAACCCCUGAAGAAGCAGUUGGACAAGCAUGCGCUGGAGCCCACCGUCUACUUCGGCGUGCUGUUCUAUGUGCCUUCUGUUUCCCAGCUGCAGCAGGAGAUUACCAGGUAUCAGUAUUACCUGCAGCUGAAGAAAGAUAUUCUGGAAGGAAACCUUCCCUGUACAUUAGAACAAGCCAUUCAGCUGGCUGGCUUAGCUGUUCAAGCUGAUUUUGGUGACUUUGAUCAGUAUGAAUCCCAAGAUUUUCUUCAGAAAUUUGCCUUGCUCCCCGUGGCAUGGCUACAGGAUGAAAAAGUGCUGGAAGAAGCAGCCCAGAGAGUGGCCUUGCUGCACCAGAAAUACAGGAUGCUGGCUUUGCCCAUUCUCGUUUUUUCUGCACGGGCGCCCUCUGGGUCUCCUGGACGGGACAGCCAAGGAAGUGACAUAUCCAUUGGUGCCUGUCUUGAUGGCAUCUUUGUGAAACACAAGAACGGAAGGCCUCCCGUGGUGUUCAGGUGGCACGACAUCGCUAACAUGUCGCACAACAAGUCCUUUUUUGCACUAGAGCUGGCAAAUAAAGAGGAGACCAUCCAGUUUCAAACUGAAGACAUGGAGACAGCCAAGUACGUGUGGCGGCUGUGUGUGGCUCGGCACAAAUUCUACAGGCUGAACCAGUGUAACCUGCAAACUCAGGCCGCCACGCUGAACUCAGUUAGGAGGGGCUCAUCCUCCAGGGUGUCUCUGCCUAAACCCCAGCCCUAUGCGAUGCCUCCCCCACCCCAGCUGCAUUAUAAUGGACAUUAUACAGAGCCAUUUGCUUCUUCCCAAGACAACAUCUUUGUGCCCAACAAGAAUGGAUUCUACUGUCACUCCCAGACAAGCCUGGAUAGAACCCAGAUUGACCUCAGUGGUCGCAUCCGCAACGGCAGCGUCUACAGUGCACACAGCACGAACUCCUUAAACACAGCUCAGCCCUACCUGCAGCCCUCCCCCAUGUCCUCUAAUCCAAGUAUCACUGGCAGUGAUGUCAUGAGACCCGACUACAUCCCGUCCCACCGGCACAGUGCCCUCAUUCCCCCAUCUUACCGCCCGACUCCUGACUAUGAGACUGUGAUGAAGCAGCUUAACAGAGGCAUGGUGCACGCAGACAGGCACAGCCACUCGCUGAGGAACCUCAAUAUUGGCAGUUCCUAUGCGUACAGCCGGCCCGACGCCUUGGUCUACAGCCAGCCUGAGAUUCGGGAGCACCCACACCUCACCUCUCCCCAGUCAGCUCACUACCCCUUUAACUUGAACUACAGUUUCCACAGCCAGUCUCCGUAUCCCUACCCUGCCGAGAGGCGGCCUGUGGUGGGCGCUGUGAGUGUGCCUGAGCUGACAAAUGUGCAGCUACAGGCCCAGGAGUACCCAGCUCCAAACAUUAUGAGAACCCAGGUGUACCGGCCACCCCCGCCGUAUCCUUACCCAAGACCUGCCAACAGCACCCCAGACCUGUCCCGCCACCUCUACAUCAGCAGCAGCAAUCCGGAUCUCAUCACCAGGCGCGUCCAUCACUCGGUGCAGACCUUCCAGGAGGACAGCUUGCCCGUGGCGCACUCUCUGCAGGAGGUCAGCGAACCCCUCACAGCAGCGCGCCAUGCCCACCUACAGAAGAGGAACAGUAUUGAAGUCGCAGGGCUCACACAUGGAUUCGAAGGCCUGAGGCUCAAGGAGAGGACGAUGUCAGCCUCAGCAGCAGAUGUGGCGCCCCGGACCUUCUCAGCAGGCUCCCAGUCCAGCGUCUUCUCUGACAAAAUGAAGCAGGAGGGGACUGAAGAGCAGGAGGGUGGCAGAUACAGCCACAAGAAGUCCCUUUCUGAUGCUACCAUGCUGAUUCAUAGCAGUGAAGAGGACGAAGACUUGGAAGAGGACGGCAGCAGAGAGCACGCCAUCUCAGCUGUGUCUGAGCCCCGCCUUCCGACUGCUUUCUCUCAGGAACAACAACUAAACUACCCCUGUGCUUCAGUGACUCCGGUCUCUGGCCCUCUGCAUAUUUUUGAGCCCAAGCCCCAUGCCACAGAGCCUGAGAAGAGGAUGAAGGACGUCAGCCCUGUCCACCUGGUUGUGGAGACCCAUCGGCCCCGGAGAGAUGGACUGCUGACCCCCUCCAUGUCCGAGUCAGACCUCACGACCUCAGGGAGGUACCGAGCUAGGAGGGACUCUGUCAAGAAAAGGCCAGUGUCAGACCUCCUCUCUGGGAAGAAGAGCACUGUGGAAGGACUUCCACCACUAGGGGGAAUGAAAAAGACUCGAGCAGAUGCAAAAAAAAUUGGUCCCCUCAAGCUGGCAGCUCUCAAUGGACUCUCCCUGUCCCGGCUGCCCCUGCCUGAUGAAGGAAAAGAAGUGUCCACCAGAGCAACAAAUGACGAAAGGUGUAAGGUUCUGGAGCAGCGGUUAGAGCAAGGCAUGGUCUUCACUGAAUAUGAGAGGAUCCUUAAAAAGCGGCUGGUUGAUGGCGAGUGCUCAACGGCCCGGCUCCCUGAAAAUGCAGAGAGAAAUCGAUUCCAAGAUGUGCUCCCCUAUGAUGACAUGAGAGUCGAGUUGGUGCCAACCAAGGAAAACAACACUGGCUACAUCAAUGCGUCACACAUUAAGGUCUCUGUCAGCGGAAUAGAAUGGGAUUAUAUUGCCACACAGGGACCAUUACAAAAUACCUGCCAGGACUUUUGGCAGAUGGUGUGGGAACAGGGAGUCGCAAUUAUAGCAAUGGUGACAGCAGAAGAGGAGGGAGGUCGGGAGAAGAGCUUUAGGUACUGGCCACGGCUUGGUUCCAGGCACAACACUGUCACCUAUGGAAGGUUUAAGAUCACAACGCGCUUCCGCACGGACUCGGGCUGCUAUGCCACCACAGGUUUGAAGAUGAAGCACCUUCUCACAGGGCAGGAGAGGACCGUUUGGCACCUCCAGUACACAGACUGGCCUGAACAUGGAUGUCCCGAAGACCUCAAGGGGUUUUUAUCCUACCUUGAAGAGAUCCAGUCAGUUCGACGUCAUACAAAUAGUACAAGUGACCCCCAAAGCCCCAACCCCCCACUGCUUGUGCACUGCAGUGCUGGCGUGGGAAGAACCGGGGUCGUCAUCCUGUCAGAGAUCAUGGUCGCCUGUCUGGAACACAAUGAGGUGCUGGACAUCCCCAGAGUGCUGGACAUGCUGAGGCAGCAGAGGAUGAUGCUGGUGCAGACACUUGGCCAGUAUACCUUUGUGUACAGAGUUCUCAUUCAGUUCCUGAAAAGCUCCAGGCUCAUUUAAGCUCCAACACUUUUUUUUAUGGGGACCCAAUCAUGUGAAGUGUUUACAGCUUUAAAAAAAAAAAAAAAAAAAGGAAGGAAAGAAGAAAGCAUAGCUCCUACUUUGUUCCCAGUAGUUCCGUGUGGGGAUCCUGAACGGGCAGUGUGCUAAGCAUGAGGCCAGGAGGUCUGUGCGAUCCGGCCCAGGCUGAGGAGGCAGGCAUGCUGCUGCCCUGGCCAUAUCUGCCCAGUUUGCUGCACUUGCACAAGGUCUGGAGAUUGUAUUUUCUAGACAGUUCUCUGUCUUACUGAAGCUGCACUGGGCAGUUCCGGCAAUCAUUUAGGCACAGACUUCUAUCUUAAACUAUUUUUUGAUAAUGUAAUUUUAUGACUAAAUAGGGCUUUUUCUUUUUUAGCUAGAAGCUGAGCUUUUACGAUGGGACAUCCACAGAUUGUGUAGGUCUUGAAUAACUAUUUAAAACCAUUAUAAGCUUUUGUUUAAGAACAAAAAAACAUGGGGGAACUAAGUAUUUUAUUCAUGAAGUCCAAAACUAAAGAAAAUCUAAAAGUGUUAUUUUGAAACAUAGAAAGCAUUUUUAUAUUCAGAUUUUUUUUUAAAGUUAUAUAUUUGUACCUUCUAUAUUUUCCAAAUAAGAGCUCAAUUUGUUAUGAUACUGAGUCAGUUAAUGUAAAGUUGGGGAUAAAGGCACAUUAUUUAAAAAUCUAAGAAUCAGAUUCACUAUUUUUUUCAGUAUUAUAAGCAUAAAAUGAGUUUGAUUUUAUUGACUGGAAAUGAAGAAAGAGCAAAUGCAUAGGAUGGUUUUAAGCACUUUUUGUUAAAAAACGAGUUUAAUAUAUGUGGCUUUAUAUUUUAAACAACAGUGGACACUUUCAAAGCGAAGGGCUCUGAGUACGUAAGAUGACUAGGGGAAGUGUAAGUGCAUGCGGCGCUCACACAGACGGCGUGGUCGCUACACAAAUGCAGUAUUAUGCCCACACCGAGAGCUAAGAUGGAGUAGAAGUUAAGGGCUGCUCCGCACAGGGAACGCAAGGCCUGCCACCUUCGAUGACUGUUUACUGGGGUUCCCCCUGUCUUUUCCCCACAAGCAAGCUCACAUUUACAUUGCCACCAGAGGACCCCAGAGAGGCUUUGUAUCCUGCAGGUUGAAAGAAGGAAAUGGUUAACUGUGAGGUUCCUUUCCCUAAACCACAGCCCAAACUUAUGGAGCCACCAGAAAUUGCUGUGGUGUUCAGGAGGUACUUGAAUUUAGCACCGAAAUCCUGUCCUCCCCCGGAACAGUUCUAGGUCUUGGCCUCCCCCUUCCAUCCUAUUUGGACACAUUCUCUAUUGGUCAGAACUAUGUCAGGUUUGAAGCAGAAAGUGUUCUUGGCCCAGGCCCAGUCUCCUUUGGGAAAUGCGGAGGACAAGCUGGCAGGCUUAACUGAGGUGUGUCAUGUUGUUCAUGUGUGUCCGUGCCCCCGAAUCCACGCUUCACAGUGUAGCCCUUCUAGGAUGUCCGAUCUAGGACUAGCUCCCAAGUGAUACUGUCCUGCCAUCAUUCUGAUUUGACUGUUUGUGGUGAGCAUCACCCCCCAUGACAGGUGUGUGCCAGCCCAACUAAGCACGGUGCACUCCAGUGGACAGCACCAGGGUGGGGUUGUGUGCCCAUCUCAAGCCUGUGAUGGACGGGACUUUUCUCAAGUUUGUUCCCAAUGGUACGUUGUUGGAAGAUGCCUUACUAUCACACCUGAACAGUUGGAAAUUUCCCACUGACAAGAACAUAUUGUAAAACAAAACUUUAAUUAAAGAGUAAUAUAUGGCAUGUUCGUGUUCCUGUUGCAAUACUUUGAUAAAUUCCUAUAGGGCAGCAUUAUACCAAGGGCCAAAUCAAAGUUAGGAUUUAAAGGUUUACUGUGCCUGAGUUGAGAAUGUUACUGGUCUGUCUGCCAAAUUUAUGCAAUGCUUCAUGUCUCACAAAGGAUUUUAGUUCCUUGAUAGUAUUGAUGUCAUGCCAAAAUUAUCAAGAUGUACAUUGCCACAAAAGUAGGUUGUAAACCUAUGUUUGUAUUAGUUAACUUUGGUAUUCCUGGCCUCAGUAUUCCUGACUACUGGGGGCCUUGUCUGGCAUUUCUGUAGUUUUGAGCCUAAGCUUGAUCUUAGAGCAUACACUAGAGUGUUAGAACUGCAACCGGUCAUUGUUUCCUCAGGAGCUCCCACUGCGAAGCAUUCAGAAAGCCAUAGAAUUUAAUUUUUAAAACUGUUUGGCAAGUUAAGACAGAUGUGCUCCCUUAGAAACUUCCAGAAAGAGAAGGGGAGGGCAAGGGUAUGAUGUAGAGCUGUUCAUAUCAUGGCGUGGCCAAUUCAUUUCAGAUAGG